UUUUCCUGCUGUCUGUCGUAACGGAUCCCCACGUUCCCCCUGGCUGCACUCCCUUGGAGCACGCCAAGCCAGUAGCAGCGGCGCUCAAGGCGAGAGUGUCAUAGUGCCAGGUCUCCCGCGUGCGUCUUGCCCUUGUGCACCGGCAAUGAAAGGCGGCACCGUACCCAGACUUGUUUCACACCCACGAUAGACGGCCAUUCAAGGGCACGCAUAGGCAGCGGCACGCGCGACGCACAGUGUGUGCUGAAAGGCCGCCUCGACACGUGUGGUGGCGAGCGAGUGGCGACCAGGACACGGAAGGCCGUGCGACCGCCGCUGCAGGGCGAACGCAUCUCCAGCGCCACGCAUAUCUCAAGCCGUGCAUCGCCAGCGCCACGCAUCGCCAUCGCCACGCAUCACCAGCGGCACGCCAGCAGCCAACGGCACGCAUCGCCAGCGGCACGCAUCGCCAUAGGCACGCAUCGCCAGCACCACUCGUCAGACUGCGCGGCACGUCUGACGCAGACAUGGCGACACCAUCCUCGGUUCGCUCCUCGUCGUGGCUCCUAUCCCUACCCCCUUCCACACUCCCCUCGUCCUCCCUCGGCAAGACAAGGCCGUCGUGGCCCGUGUCGCCGCGAGCGAUCGGCCCAGGAGGCGGGUGUGGAGCUGGCCUGGCCGUACAUAUGCAGCUUCCCUCCUUUGGAUGCUAACACCAGUCCCUGCAUUAGCUACCAACGACGUCAUGGGGCACAAGCACAAGCGUCGGGGUGAUAAGGCGGAGGGCACGCGCAAGCACAAGCGUACGCAUGCUGAUGCGCGACCGAUGCAAGCGCUGCCAAGCCAUCGUGAGGGGCAGCCACUCCAGCAGCAUUCACUCCAGCAGCAGCCAUUCGAGCAGCAGCCACUCCAGCAGCACCUUCUCCAGCAGCUGCUUCUCCAGAAGCAGCCUCUGCAGCAGCAGCCUCUCCAGCAGCAGCCUCUGCACCAACAGCCUCUGCAGCAGCAGCCUCUGGAGCAGCAGCCUCUGCAGCAGCAGCCUCUGGAGCAGCAGCCUCUGGAGCAGCAGCCUCUGCAGCAGCAGCCUCUCCAGCAGCAGCCUUUGCAGCAGCAGCCUCUCCAGCAGCAGCCUCUGCAGCAGCAGCCUCUCCAGCAGCAACCUUUGCAGCUGCAGCCUCUCCCGGUGCAGCCACAGCUUCAGAGCCAACUGCCACGUCACCACGGGGGCAGCGGCGUCCGUGCUGCAGAGGCCAUCACCGACGCUCCAUGUGCAGCGGCCGGUGAGGGGGGAGAAGACGAGGAGGGGGAAGGUGACAGCAACAGUAGCGAGAGCGAGUCCGGCGAAGAGGGCGACCAGAGGCACGCCCAGUCUGGCUCCGGCACGGAUACCAGCUCCUCAGACUCAUCUUCGGAUUCUGAGUCUGCCGACGAAGCUAGCUCGGAGGGCGAGGCGGAGCAGUCUGCUUGCAUGGGGCAGGCUGCGGUGGCCGAGACGGCGGCGGGCAAGAACGACGUUACUUUUGAUAAGCUCUUCGCCUCCCCAGCUGAGGCGGCAGUGGCCGCUGUGGGGCAGAGCGAUGGGUAUGACAUGGACGACGAGGACCAGCGUGCCAUGAACAGGGGUCGCUACAUGAAAAUUGGAGCGGCGGGCGGUGCAGCUGGGGAGGGUGGGAAGAUGAAGACGCGGAACGGCGGGCAACGGCAGAAGGCAGCCGGAGAGGCGGGCGACGUUAGGCAGGAACGGUCGGGGCGCGGACGCGGCAGGGCGGGCUCGCCCACACCGUCUGGUCGCCGUCUCCAAGAAGCGACUGGGAAGGCAAAGGGCUCCCGAGGUGCAGGUAACCCCAAGAGCGGGGGAGUGGCAGAGCGGGGGGGAAGACCAAGCAGAAGAGAGCACCGGAGAUGCAGGUCUGACAUUCACGUGCACCCUUUUGCCACAACUGCACACCAUGGUACACCCUACCCUUUGUGUACAGCCCCCCCCCAGUCUGGCCUCGGUCCGCCGGUGGUGCAGCAGUUUCAGCUAGGCACAAGACGCAUGGCGCCGACAGGUGGAGCCACCCUAACCUCGACCCUGCGCUACAAUGACGCUGCCCCCAACACCGCCGCAGUGGUCCUCCCAUCUUCCAGCGCUGGGCCACGCGCGCUACGUGCCGUCCAUGAGAAGGCGUCGAAGAAGAAGUACGUCUCUAGGGCUGAGCUGGACCGUAUGAAGACCGCGCUGCUGGCCACUGUCACGGCCUUCAUCGACGGGCAGCGGGCGAUGUACGCAGCUGGUCGGGUGGCGAAUGGGAAUGGCCCGGCGUCCACUGGACAGGGAAGCCAGGAGGAGCCGAGUCCAGCCACGUUGGCUCGCCGUGAGGUUCUCCUGGCGGCGGAGGACUUCAAGAGGUGUGGGGUCUGAUCUGGCACGUCGAUAAGCCGCGGAUGUGGCCGUUCUCGACCCUGAUCUUUGCUGUGGGGUUUCGCAGGGGAUUCAAGCGGCGCCACGUCCAAAUGAGCUGCUAUAAGACCCGCCAGAUCGCCUGGGGGCUGUACGCGUUGGAGGCCACACUGCACAACUACAAAACCGCCGAGGGAAAGCUGAGCCAAGACAGUGAAGACAAUCGCCGGGGGUACGAGGCCAUGGUGUUGCACUGCCGCAGGUGGGUGGAGCACGCCGUGGACAACCUUGGUGUGCCGUACGACGACGAGGCCGAGGUUUUCGAGUUCGGCAAUGGGGUGCGCAUUGAUGCGUCCGACUACCCCGAGCUCGUGGCACGCACCCUCGCCCGCAUGAGGACGG